AUGUGGCCGAAGGGUGAGGCAGAGGCAGAAGUAGAUGAAGAUGAAGACAGCAACAGAACAGAAGACGGAGACGAAGACGAAGACGACGGCGACAAAGAGACGAUGAAGAUACGACGAAGAGAGCGACAAGAGGCAACGGCCUGGCUUCGUCUCCUUUCGUUUCUUCUUCUCUCUGGCUUCCGUCGAGUUUCAGCAAGCGCCCGGAAGCAAAAGCGCCAGGACAGAUCGAAAUGGCCGGCCAGUGGAAGCGAAGAAGUAGAAGAAGCAAAAGGUACAGGCAGUCAAGAGGAUCGAGGAUCGAGGAUCGAGGAUGAGGAUAAGACGCUGCUUGCUGUUCAAACGGUGCAGUUUAUAUAUCUACAUCGGCCUGGCUAUAUAUACAACCAGGCUGAGCCCUCGCAGCGCGAUCAUCUUGCCGCUGCUUCGCCAUCGUCCGCCAGACGGGCUUGCUCUUGCAUGAGGGCUGAAACAUUUCCUCCAGCAGGAAGACUGCUCUACGGAGUAGCUAUUUACUGCUCACCCUUUUGGCCAGCAGCAGAAUGCGUUCUGGGGUUGCUCUCGUCUUACGUCGUUGGCUACAUAAUAAUACAUAUGGAGUACACAGACGGCCCUGAACUCGAUGCAAAAAGAUACGAAUGUGCGGGCGUUGUUUGCUAUGAAUAG